AGCUGUUAUAGCAUUAGAUGCUAGCUUCUGAUAACGUAAUGCAUAAAGGAUUGCUAUUCUAACUUUGCUUUCCUGGGGUAUAUCUGGACUAUCGAUCAUCUCUCGGACUGCCCUUACCCUUAAAUCAGACGAAUGGCUUUCGUUACUAGCCAAACUUUGCUCGAGUUCACUAACCUGUAGGAGCUUCUUCUCGUCUACCAACCGAGAUAGUUCUCCUAUCAAUGAUACAUGCUUGCUGACAUUGCUUCCUAACUUCCUCAUCUCGGGAUAGCUUUCAAUAAAUUUCUUCAUGUCAGAUAUAGUCUGGAUAUUAUCUGCCGUUGUUCCUUUUCCAGUUGUAGCAGUUUGGUAUUCGGACACGUAUUGUUUGACGUUUGCACCCAAAUCACCGAAAUUUGCAAACAAGUUGUUCGUAUAGAAGCUAUCGUUGUCGUUCGUUACAGACAAAAUGAGUUGUUUUUGUUGUGGUUGUAUAUUGGGAGCCUGUGAUAAAUCAACUUUACCAUUAUCAAGGCCUAUUAAGUCAUGCACCAUGGCUUGAUAUGUCCAUUGUGUAAGGAGAGGAGUAACGGGAUCAUUUCUUCUAUCGCAGAUCAACAAAACUGGUUGAGAUUGUGUCAACCUAAAAUCGAACAGCUGUGAUUCCGUGUCAAUAGUUGUGCUAACUGAUUCAGCGAGCGUUUUGGCUAAAUCUGACAUCUUUUCGUAUCUGAUGAAAGGUUUACGUUUGAGGGAUAACAACAGAGCUGAUAACGAUUUCGUAGUACUAUCCAAACAAUCUCUAUUCCAAGUAUUUGGUGUGUCUGACCAUAAAUUGUCUUUUGUUGGUUGAAAUCCCAAACUAAAGAGAUUAGGAAGCAAAGCUAAAUAGUCAGCAAACAAUUCCUGACAUUCUCUAACGACACUAUACUGAUCAGACUCUGCUAAUUGCUCGAUUUGUUGUUUCGUGAGAGUGUUCGAGAAGUACAGAAAGUAUUCUUGAUAUUUUGGGUUACUGAGUUCGCUCGAAAGGUAUUUUAUGGAAUUAGCAGUUGGACUGAGGUAUACGAUACAUUUCAAGUGGCUUAUUCGCUCUCUAUUCAAGUUCUCUACUCUAUCAGUGAGAUAGACUUCUGAAGAAAGUAACUGGGUUUGGGUAGUUACAGCUGAGAGGUAGCUUGUCGUGCUAUCGUCUAAUAAGAGCACCUUCAUCCCUUUCACUUCAUUCACCAGCUUGUUUAUGUAGUUAUUGACUGCUUCUAUUACGUUCAUUGGUAGUUCAGGAAAAGGAUGCUCUAUUAUUUGAGUUUCUUGAGACUGCCUAACAAAUCUGUCAAUUUAUCGCACAAGUUGAUUUUCUCUGUACAGAUAACCAACGAUCUUAGGACAGAAUACUAUGACAAUCAAACUGGUUUGACUAUAGAUGCUGCUUUAUUAAUACAAAAUAGACCAUCAAAGCCUAUCAAAUUACCUAGUAUCUUGACUUACAAAUCUAACAAAGAUUCCUACAAGUUGAUAGAGAUAGAGGGACUCUCUAGUAUGGGCAUACGACCAGGAGAUAAGGUCAGCUUGUUAGUCUGGGCACGCGGCAGUUCCACUAGACCACUUUUGUCAGAUUUGAAAGCACACAGUCCUGAUUGCAAGACGCCAAUCCCUGUUACGAGCUUACCGAUAACUAUGGCGACAAAUGUACCACACUCAGAUAAACAUUCUCGUAUACAGCGCUCAUUUAUGUUCGAGAAGUCACUGAUUCACAUUCUCGAAGAUACUUCAUACGAUUUGGAUAAAAAACUUUGGGACUCCGGUUUGGCCAUGUCUGCCAUACUCACAGAAAAAAUUUCAUCCGAAAAGUACAAUUUCUUCGGAGGCUCUUCAAAGCCCUUACGGAUAAUGGAACUCGGUACUGGGACAGGCAUUUUAUCAAUUACUCUGGCAGCUCUUUUGGAAAAGACACCACACAAACACACAAUCGUAGCUACUGAUUUGGCACCCGCUUUACCCCUCUUAAAGCAGAAUGUAGACAGGAACUCCCGCUUGUUCAACAAAAAUGACGUCUUUGUUAGGGAAUUAGCUUGGGGUUCUCAAAGUCCACUCGAAAAGGAACAUUUUGAUGUUAUUAUUGCGGCUGAUGUCGCGUAUAACACGUCUUCAUUCCCAAUGUUACUAUCAACGUUGGAUACGCUGUUCCAGGUAAACAGCUCUGCCAAAUUCAUACUGGGAUACAAAUACAGAGAUUACGGAGAAGCAGAUUUCUGGGAGCUUUUAAAGAAUAUAAAGCUUAACGCGAGAUUGAUAGAAUCCACAAUGGGUGAACAAGGAUCAGCAACUGAGAUAUGGGAAUUCACGAAAGAGUGAUAAAUUUAUAUUUAUUUAACAAUAAUGUAAAAAUAAAUCGCG